CUUUUAUUUUAUUUUUUUUUAUUUUUUUUUUCAUACAUUCACUAUUAUAAAAUAUGCUCAGAAAUACAUUUGUAAUUAAACAGCAAAUAAAGACAUUAAAUAGUCACUCUUCACGUUAUUUUUCUACAAAUACAAUCAAAUUAACAAGCAGUAACAAUAAUCAAAUAUUUGGCAAAAAGGAAAGAGCGGAGGAAGAAGUCUGGGCACGUCAACAUAAUGAAGAUGAAUUGGUUAGAUUACAUAAUAAAUUAGAAGAACAUAAAAAAUCUUUAUCGGAAACACGAAAAAAGAUUGAAGAAUUAAGAAAAAGUAUUGAAGAAAAGAAGAAAUAGAAUAAUUGAAAAAAAAAAAUGUCACAUGACUUUAAUCAAAUAAAAAUGCUUCAAUUUAUAAAUGACUCAAAA